UUUAAAGCCACGGCUCCAUCUUCCUGGCUGGCUGUGUACACAAACCGGAGGGCCCAGGGGUUCCUGGGUGCUGAGAGUGGGCACAAGUGGGCUGUGACAGGUGCAUGUGGGACAUGGAAUCACCACCAGGGGCUCAGGAGGGACCUGAAGCUGGGACUGGGAGGGUCCUGGGCUGAGGCCGAGCCACUCGGAGGUGGGAGUGGGCUGGACGGGGCAUUCAUGGGGCAGCAGUCUCUGUGUGCCAGGCACCGUGGCAAACCCUUUCUGUAGCUUCUGCGGAGCUAUUAGUGUUCCCAUUUUACAGAUAGGGCAAUGGAGCCCAGAGCAGCUAGCUGACUUACCCGGGGCCCUACCGCUAACCAAGUGGCAGCGCCAGCGUCCAAACUCAGGAGCUGCUUGGAGAUGCUGCUGCUGCUGCUGCUGCUGCUGCUCCCCCUCCUCCUCCUUCUGCUGCUGCUGCUGCCACCCCUGGCCCUGCUCAGGCAGUCCCAGGAUGCCAGGCCGUCCUGGCUUGCUGGCCUCCAGCACCGUAUGGCAGGGGGUGCCCUGUGCUGGGCAGCCGCCUGGCAGCAAAGGAGACUAGAGCAGAGCACACUGCACGCAGGCCAGAGCCAGCAGCAGGCCCUGACGUGGUGUCUGCGAGAAGCCCGAAGGCCCCUCGGUCCCCUCCAGGGGACCACAGAUACAAGCACCUUCCGGAACCAUCUCCCUCUGAUCAAGGCCAGCCAGGCCCAGGAGGAGGAAAGUGGGGGGCAGCUCCUGCCCCCUAUGUCAACCCAGUGCUACGGGGAAGCAUCCCUGCAGGCUACCUUGCUGGGUCUGGCAGCCCUAAGCAAGGCCUUCCCAGAAGUGCUGACUCCAGGAGGCAUUGCCUGUGUGACCCCUACAUCUCCCUGGCCUCGUCCCCUCCCCUGGCCUUGGCGCAUCCUGGACCAGGUUGUUAGUGCUCCUGGGGCCAAGCACCCUGGGGCCCUACUGCUAGAGGCACUGAGGUCCCCAGGGCUGCGGGCACUGGAAGCUGGGACGGCCACCGAACUCCUGGAUGUCUUUUCCGGCCUGGAGGCCAAUGGUGAAGAGCUGGCUGAGGCAAUGGCUGCUGGGAACCCGGGGUCUCCUCUCCCCAGCCGGGCAGCGGAGCUGCGGGAGGCCCUAGACCUGGGGCCCCGAGGACUGGCCCUCCGACUCUGGCCAAAGCUACAGGUGGUGGUGACUUUAGACGCAGGAGGCCAGACGGAGGCAGUGGCUGCCCUGGCGGCCUUGUGGUGCCACGGGCUAGCCUUCUUCUCGCCUGCUUACGCCGCCUCUGGAGGGGUAGUGGGCCUAAACUUGUGGCCGGAGCAAGCCCAUGGACGCUACCUUCUGCCCCCUGGAGCUCCUUUUAUCGAGCUGCUCCCAGUCAAGGAAGGAGCCCAGGAAGAGGCAGCCUCCACCGUCCUGCUGGCCGAGGCCCAGAAGGGCGAGGAGUAUGAGCUGGUGCUGACCAACCACGCUGGCCUCGCCAGGUGCCGCCUGGGUGACGUGGUGCAGGUGGUCGGGGCCUACAACCAGUGCCCGGUCGUCAGGUUCGUCCGCAGGCUGGGCCAGACCCUGAAUGUGCGAGGAGAAGACAUUCAAGAGGACGUGUUCACUGAGGCCCUGGGCCGGGCCGUAGGGCAGUGGCCAGGGGCCAAACUGUUAGACCACAGCUGUGUGGAGAGCAGCAUUCUGGAUUCCUCCCAGGGCUCUGCUCCCCACUAUGAGGUGUUUGUGGCGCUAAGGGGGCUGAGGAACCUGUCAGAGGAAAAUCGAGACAAGCUUGACCACUGCCUUCAGGAAGUCUCUCCCCGCUACAAGUCCCUGCGGUUCCGGGGCAGCGUGGGCCCUGCCAGAGUUCACUUGGUGGGGCGCGGGGCCUUCAGAGAACUCCGGGCCGCCCUUGCAGCCUGCCCCUCAUCCCGCUUUCCUCCCGAGAUGCCCCGGGUCCUCAGGCACAGGCAUCUGGCCGAGUGUCUGCAGAGGAGGGUGUUGUCCUGAGCCGAGGCCUCCCUGCUGGCCCAUCCCCCUUCAUAGGCCACCUCGCUCCUUCCUCUGCGGCCUCUCUGGAUGGGAACCCUCCAACAGGGUCUUCGACACUGUGUCACCUGACAGUGGCUCAUCAGAGCUGCCAGGCCUUAGGGAUGUGCGACCUAGUCAGCCUGUGCUGAGCUGCUGAGCAGCAGAUGCCUGCAGGGGGAUGCCCGGAGCCUGGAGGCCCCCUCCAGAGGACACUGCUAGAAGUCCCGCACACGCCACGCUCCCGUGUCUCCAGCCCAGUGCACCAUGCAGGCCGCAAGUGUUGGCAGUUCAGACCCCUGGGAGCGGCCCUUUGCAAGAAACAGGAGUGGGAG